AUGAUGGACCUUUUUGAGACCAACAGUUAUCUUUUUAAUGAUUUGCGCUAUCUGGAGGAAGCCGAUCAUGGACCACUACAGCACUUGGACAUGGCAGGGGUUUCCCCUCUGUACAAUGGCAAUGACAGCCCACUGUCCCAAGCGGGUCACGAUAAUGUCCCGUCCGGUGGGGAGAGCAGUGGAGAGGAGCACGUCCCUGCGCCUCCGGGUCUCCGGGCGCACUGUGAGGGUCAGUGCCUCAUGUGGGCCUGUAAGAUCUGCAAGAGAAAGACGGCUCCCACGGAUAGACGUAAGGCUGCGACCCUCAGAGAGAGGAGGAGGCUUAAGAAGAUCAACGAAGCCUUCGACGCACUGAAGAGGAAGACCGUAGCCAAUCCCAACCAGAGGCUACCCAAAGUGGAGAUUUUACGCAGCGCCAUCAGCUACAUAGAGAGGCUGCAGGAGCUGCUGCAGACGCUGGACGAGCAGGAGAAAACCGGAUCUCCAUGUGACGCAAAAGAAAACAAUGUGGCCGGUGAGUACCACUGGAAGAAAGCCUCUGAGGCUUGGCCAACCUCUGCUGACCAUUCCACUUCAGCAAUGAACCACAGAGAAGGAGACAGUGAGUCUUCCGCGUCCUCCAGCCUCCUGCGGCUGUCCUCCAUCGUGGACAGCAUCACCAACGACAGCAGUCAGUGA